AUGCCUCACGCGAAUGGUGACAACGACUCUAGUGUCGCCAAUGGCCAGGACCUCGGAUCCGAGCUUUGGAGGCACCCAGCGCCUGAGACCACGCAGAUGUGGAAAUUUCUACAGACAGUAAACAAAGAGAAUGGUCUUGGUCUUGAAAGCUACGACGAUCUCUACGACUGGAGCAUUGAUCAAACUGUGGGUUUCUGGGAUGCUGUAUGGCAAUUCACUGGCAUCAAGGCCUCAGCCCCCUACGAUGAGGUCUUGCCAAAAGAUGCUCCCAUGUUUCCAAGGCCAUCCUUCUUCCGCGGAGCGAGACUGAACUUCGCCGAAAACCUACUCUUCCCACCUCAAGCACCAAGCCCGGAUAGUCCAGCCAUCAUCGCAGCCACCGAGACUGACCGAGAGACGGUAACAUGGGCUGGACUGCGCGAGAAGGUUCGUGUAUGCCAAUCUGGUAUGCUUGCUACCAAUGUCAAGCCAGGAGAUAGAGUGGCAGGGUAUGUUGCUAAUCAUACCAAUGCUCUGGUUGCCAUGUUGGCCGCGACAUCACUUGGAGCCAUCUGGACAGCAAUCAGCCCGGAUACUGGUGUGACUGCAGUGCUGGAUCGUCUUACUCAGAUCGAGCCUGUCAUCUUGUUUGCCGACAAUGCCAGUAUGUACAAUGGCAAGACUCAUCCUACCAUGCCGAAGGUUCAGGAGAUAGGCUCUUCUCUACCUAGUCUAAAGGCACUCGUCAUAUUCCCCACGGUUACAUCAGUAUCAACGGAGAUUGACGUGGAAUCACUGGCGGGGAUUGCAGUCUCGUAUGACAGCUUCGCAAAGAACGAGGCCACGCCCAAGGAAAUCAUAUUUACACAGCUGCCCCCAGAUCACCCAGUCUAUAUCCUCUACAGCUCGGGAACCACAGGAGCACCGAAAUGUAUCGUCCACGGUGCGAUCGGUACACUCAUCCAACAUAAGAAGGAGCACAUCCUACAUUGCGACAUUCUACCAGGAGACAAGCUGUUCUACUUCACAACCUGCACAUGGAUGAUGUGGCAUUGGCUGGUCUCAGGCCUAGCGAGCGGUGCAACUUUGGUGCUGUAUGACGGCUCGCCUUUCAGAUAUGUUUCAGAUGGCAAGUCUGUUCCAGAUGAUCUGGCUAUGGCAAAGUUGAUCGACGAAUUGAGCAUCACACAUUUCGGAACCUCGGCCAAGUAUCUCUCGGUCCUAGAGCAGAAGUCUGUCAUGCCCAAAGAGCAGGAUGUCACUCUGAAGACGCUCAAAGCGAUCUACAGCACUGGCUCUCCUCUCGCACCAUCAACAUUCCAAUAUGUCUACCAAGCAUUUGGCUCAAUAAACCUGGGAAGCAUCACAGGCGGCACAGACAUCAUUUCUCUCUUCGGCGCUCCUUGCCAACUGACCCCUGUAUACACCGGCGAGAUCCAAGUCCUCGGCCUCGGUAUGGCCGUUCGCGCCUGGGACUACCUCGGUGCCGAUGUAACAACUACAGGUGCAGCCGGCGACCUUGUCUGCACAAAACCCUUCCCCUGUCAACCAGUCCAAUUCUGGGGUCCCACAGGCGAGUCCAAGUACCAGAGCUCAUACUUCGAGACCUUCCCCGGAGUCUGGCAUCAUGGAGAUUUCAUCCGCUUCAACCCAAAGACUGGAGGCUUGUAUAUGCUUGGUCGUAGCGAUGGUAUUCUCAAGCCGUCAGGUGUGAGAUUCGGCAGUGCGGAGAUCUACAACAUCUUGCUUAAGCAUUUCCCUGAGCAAGUCGAGGAUGCCUUGUGCAUUGGUCGUCGUCGCGAGACGGAUGACGACGAGACCGUUGUGCUGUUCUUGAAGAUGAAGGAGGGAGAGCAGUUCGAUACUGAUUUGGUCAAGGGAAUUCAAAAGGUCAUCAGGAUGGAGCUCAGCGCUCGCCAUGUUCCUGGCAUUGUGGACGAGACCCCCGAGAUUCCAGUGACGACGAACGGAAAGAAGAUUGAGGCCGCGGUCAAGCAGAUCCUAUGCGGUAUGAACGUUAAGACGUCGGCAUCGGUUGCUAAUGCUGGAUGUCUCGACUGGUACAGAGAGUGGUCAAGCACACAUAAUUGA